AUGGGGGGUUGUGGUAGUUGUGAUGGGAACGGUUGUGGUGGUUGUGGUGUUCAAUGGGAUUGUGGUAGUGGUUGUGAGGGCGGCUGUGGUAGUGGUGGUAUUUAUGGGGAUUGCGGUGGUGGUAGUGGGAGCGGUUGUGGUGGUGGUGAUGUUUAUGGGUGCUGUAGUGGUAGUGGUGGUGUUCAUCAGAGUGGUGGUAGUGGUGGUGGGGACUGUUGUGGUAAUGGUAGUGGGGGCUGUGGUAGUAGUGGUAGGGAUGGUCGUAGUGCUGGUGGUAUUGAUGAGAGCGGUAGUGGUUGUGGUGGUAGGGAUUUCGGUGGUGGUUGUGUUUGUGGGGAUUUCGGUGGUGGUAGUGGUUGUGGGGACGAUGGUGGUAGUGGUGGCGGCAACGCCGUUGUCGUUGUUGUAAUGAUUUCCGAGGUUGUGGUAGGAAUAAAUAUUGGCGUAGUCGUAGAAGUUUGUGGAGCAUUCGUUGUUGUGGUCACGCCUUGUGUUGGAACACAACACAUACUUCGUCCACAGAACCAUGCAAACCAUAAAUAG